CGUGGACGUAUUUCGAAUACCGAUCCAUACAAAAGUCCAUAAAUGAUAUAAUAAUAACAAAUAGUAAUAAUAGUAAUAGUAAUUAAUUUAUUUGUUUAAAAUUAUUUAAUAAAAUAUCAGUGGUGCCCAACAGUUUUGUACGUUAGUGUUAGUGCUUGUGGAUUAACAGAAGGAACAUUAGUUUUUUACUACAAUGGACACACCACAUCCAGACACCGGUUUGACCCCACGUCAAGUCGAAGUUUUGCAGGAAAGUUGGAAAGGACCUUCACAAAAUGUAGAGGAAACGGAGUGGAAGUCCUUAUGCGUUUAUUCACCGCUCAUCCCGAGUACAUGAAGUACUUUUCGAAUUUCUCCGAUGUGCCUUUGGAUCAGUUGAGGACUUUUGCAAGAUUUCGUCGACAUGGCCUAAACGUGGCCAGAUCUUUGGACCAGGCGAUAGGGGAAUUGAAUGAUGUUCCUAAAUUGGUAGAUAGAUUUACUGCUUUGGGUGUUACUCAUGGUGGAAGGAAGAUUUCCGAACAGGCCUUUCAGAUUUUAGUCCCCAAAAAUAGUAGGUCUCCUGAUUCCUACCUAGUUAUCCUGCUCUAG